UUGGAAGCGAACCGAUCGCAAUUCUCUUAGUCAUCUAUAAACAAUAAAAUGAAAUGAUUUGUCGACACCGCAUGCUCAUUCAGCCCGACAUUCAGUGCAGUUUUAUUUCGUCGUUCCAGAAGUUGUCAGCGCUGAACUGCUGGUAUUUAUCGGUAGUCAACAAGCUCCAUUUUGUGUGAUUUCAUUCUCGACGUGCACAUAUUAGAUAUAGACGCGGUUUUGAACAUAAAAAUAAUUCACGAUUUACCAUCAUGGUGGGGAAUAGUUUGAAACUAGUGUUGGUUGUAUAUCUUGCUGCUACCGUAGCGGGUUCUGCCUUGGACAGGAACAAGAGACAAUGGGACUUCCCUUUUGAUGAUUUGACAAACGACUUGGGCCCGUAUGGCCACUGUGGAAAGCCGACCAUGGCGAUACCAAACGGCGGCAUAAAGAUCCUCCCUGUAGUUGACUUUGACGACGUUAACGAUAACUCGUGUUUUACUGGAAGUACAACAUUUUGCGAACCCAAGUUCUACUGCAACACUGGUUAUGAUGUGAACGGCAACAUCCACCUUGAAUGUGUGCAAGAUCCGUUGACCGGGGAAUACAAGUGGGAGGGUGACAUCCCGACCUGCACAAAGGAGUUUUCAAGGAUCUAUGUCUAUGUGAUCGUGUUCUCUGUCUCCCUCGUACUCAGUCUGAUUGCAGGUAUCGUAAGGUAUUCUAUCCGCAAGUCGAGGGAAGGAUCUGCACGAAGAUGUGUAUCCCGCACUACGGUGGUCAUUCCCAGUUCAACAACGAUAACAACGAGGACUGGGGGCUCUUUCCUGCCCGGAGGGCCACCUCCAUAUGCUCGUUUUGAUGACAGUAACAUUCAAGUACCCAAAGAUGAGCCCACAUCCAAUCCACAAGCCUAAAAGGUCAAAGCACUGUUAGUGGACAGCCUUCCAAGAGAGAUGAGAUGUCUUCCUUGUCCCUUAACAACUACAUAUAGCACUAACUAUGGUAUUGAUCGGUGUACAUCAUGGACUGCAGUGGUAUUUUUACACCUUUUUGAUUUUUAAGGUGUUAGCCCAACACCCAUUGAUAUUAGAACAGCUUGGUUGUUAUUAGUUUUAACACUUUGAAGUUAUGUUGAAAUUUUAGGGUGUAAUUUUAACACCUCAGGUGUGGCUCUCUAGGAACACCAUGUAGUCUCGGUUUUAACACCAGUUUCAUCACCCUUUUCUCCAUUGUUUGAGUAGGACCUAUGCUGAUCUAGAGAUAAAGCAAUAUAGAGACUGAGUUUGAUUAUUUCUGAAAUACGCACAGGGCUUUAGGUUUCGUUAUAAAGGCUGAAAGCAUUCUCUUGCUACUUUUGUAUACAUGAGUGUUGGCAUGCCCAAAGACCUUUUAUAAACUUUGCUCUUCCUAAAAUUUUAUCUUGUAUUAUGAUGUCAUAUAUCGUGUUCGAUUUGCUGGUCUGAAAAUAUUUGUUUUAAAAGUAAACAUUUACUGUCUAGUUUCUCUUUUCCUUCCGAAAUGCUUCCACAGUAAUCGUGCCUUGAACCAAUUUUAUGUGUUUUUCCAGAAGAUUUAUGAAAAAAUCGCUGAAUUAUCAUCCUUAUGAAAACAAAUGUAUUUUUUUUAAUGCUGAAAACCACUCGUAGUCACGCUGUAUUUUUUUUCCUUACAGAUUCACAGUAACCUUUUUAGGCUUUAGGAGUGUCAAACGUAGGUUUCUUUGUGUACAUUAAUAGUUACUAAAUAAGUAUGUUAUUAAUUAAAGUGUUAAUGUAGUAGACAAUAAUAAUCAAUGUAUAUAUUUGUAUAAUGAUGCAUCUAACAUGGUUCCUGAGAUGCUUCAAUGUAACCAUGGCCUCCAUACAAGUAGGCCUUACUGCAAAACAUAUGUGUAUAAACCCAGUCCGGGGGUGGGGGGUAGCAGCGCCAAGCUAAAUUUGUGGCGUUUUCUACAUACCUUUGCUUUAAUUAUAAAACACAUUGACAAUGGGCCCGGGAAAACAGGGGUGCUAGUUUAAAAAAAUGACAAACAAAACGAAAUAAUAAAAUAAUGAUAUUCUUAAAAUGUUUUCGGUACCAAAAUAAAGGAAUAUUUGUCAAAUUACAACAUUUCAGCAUACCAACCUGACUUUCAAUGCUGCAUAUAGUGUAUAACAUACGCAGCACCCCAUGACAUUGACCCUAUAUUUGGUACUAAAUGUGUAUUUAAAGGGGAAGUUCACCCUGCUAAAAAGUUU